AUGUUUAUUGUGAACGUCGGUGAUAUGUUUGCAACAACGAACAUAUCAAUAAGCCAAGUGAAUCGAGAUGUGGAGGGUCACUGCACUGACCAAUUCUUCACGCAAUUGUUCCAGUUCUACCUUGGUGAUGGCACCAACAACAGCAGUAGCAAUGUUCAAUCGAUUGAGAUUGUCUCGCGAUCACCUGCUGGACCACCGACUCCACCUGAGCACUUCAAGGGCCGCUUCAACUUCACAUGGGAUUUGAGGUCAAAAUGCGAGGAAUGGAUAGACGACGGCCAUUAUAUUAUUAUUUAUGACGACGAAUUCCUUCUCAGAGGAAAAGUUGUAGAUUAUGUUCAUUAUCACUCACCUCGUGAUUUCUUUAACAUUGACAUCCAGGCAUCACGCAAUCCACAACUUGUCAGCAGACUGAUGAUCGGGUACGAAUACUACGGAGUUAUUAAGGUGCCAUAA